AUUCACUUCAAGUCUCAUCCGGGCAUUUUUCUUUUCCGGAUAUCUAAUUCCAGCUGUGUCACGGAGCUGCGGGGCUGAUCAAUACGCGGGGAAUUUCUUCACAUGCUUUUUGCCGUCUACGCUAUCUGGGGUAUUCCAUCUCCUUCAACCCGUUCUACUUUCGACCCGACUCCAGAUCAAUCGAUAAGAUCCAAAUAAUUGAGUUGAGUUACUUGAUCUAGUUCUCAAUAGUUUUCACCUGAAGUUCCAAGUUCUACUAUUCUCCCGACAACAACAGGAUGCACCAUGUCCGGGGACGAUAAUAACCGAGAUACGACCAACACAGGCAAUGACAAACCGGAGCAACAACCCUUCAGGAAAGCGGAUGCUUCUUCGGUGGAUAGCAAAGUGGAUGGUUCAUCCGGCGCUGCUACCGAUUCUCUAGCUACUCGCAUCCAGAACUCGGCGCGUGGACUCGCUAGAAACGCCUUCUUUGCACCGGGAUCAUCGUCUGCGGCAGAUCUAUCCCAAACUCUGGCGAAUGCAAAUGGUAAUAAGGGAGGGUCUUUCGCAUCAUCAUCGGGGCCGUCGGCAUUCCAGUUAGCAGGGGCACACGGACAAUACGCUUCUGUGCCUUCUGCAUCUUCAGCAGUCCGGGAUCAAGCGGGCCCGCUCGCAUCGGAGUCGUUUCGCUCUUCCCGUACAACCCACGGCGAUCAAGAGGGUGGAUUCGAUGAAUUUCAAUUACAAGAAGGAUACAGUGAUGGACAGGGUAUAGGAACCACACAGGAGACAGAGCAAGACAAGGGAAAAGGAAAGGAAAGACAGAGCCAAAACACAGACAUCUAUCAAUCGAGCGAUGUAUCCAAUUUCAGCGCAGUCUGGCAAACAGUCUCUACUUCACCCUCCACUGACAUCAAGGACGGAGCAGCGGUGGUAUCCAUCCUAACCGAUAAAACCUUCGACCCAGAAUUCCCCUUCGAACCAGACACCAUGAACGCAGAAACAGACCUCCUCCCUCCAGCACCACUCACACAAGCAGAGAUCGAAAUGAUCGACUCUUUCCGUCGACAAUUUGACCAAUCCUCCCCAGGUACCCUCCAGCAUCAUCAAAAGCAGCAGCAGCACAGAGUAGGUCUAGGCCCCACCAGUCUUGUCCCAGACAUAGAAACCUUCCUCGACUCUAUCCCCCCCACAACACACUUGGAUGAGACCUCCCUGCGUGACGCGGUGUUAUCCAGUCUCCCCGGUGCGGCGGACUGGGUGGCCGUUGAAGAACGCUAUCAUGAUGAGGUAUGGGGGUAUCUCCGGCCGACGCUGGAGGCAGCCAGGGAUGAGAUUGAGGCAGCGGAAAGACGGAAUGGCCCACAAGUCGCCGGGAAUGUUGAUGGACCGGCUGUUAGGAGAUUGAAGAUGAUUUUGAAGCAUAUGCAGGCUUGAUUUUCUUUUUGGGUUUCGCUGUUAGGCUCCAAGUUGGUUGUUUUAGCGAAGUGGAAGCCUGCCAGGCAUGUUGUUCAAAAGGUUGGGGCUUUGCAUAAUGCACUCUUGUAUAUACGCAUGACAUGGAAUGGGUAUCUUACAAAGACAACAUAUAUUUCUACAUGUUUACUC